AGUGUAAGAAUGUAUCGAUAAUAUAAUAAAAAUCGAAUAACAAAGUAAUAUCUUUCAUUUUUUUUACAGAAAAGAUGUUCGUCUUCCUGUUGCACUGCAGAAAGCGAUGGCAGCUGAAGCCGAAGCAAGUCGUGAUGCAAGAGCAAAGAUAAUUGCAGCUGAAGGUGAAAUGAAAGCAUCAAGAGGUUUGAAAGAAGCAGGGGAUAUUAUUAAUCAAUCACCGAUUGCCAUGCAAUUACGAUAUUUGCAAACACUAACACAAAUCGCAACUGAACGAAAUUCGACGAUUGUAUUCCCAAUACCAGUUGAAUUACUUCAAGCUCUAAGUCGACAUCGAUGA